UCCGCGGUGCGGGAGAGGCGGACGCGGGCUGUGGGCCGCGGCGCCGCCGUCGGUGGGCGGCCUGCGUGUGAGUUGAGCUGGUGUCCCUGCCCGGGGCUGCAGGCUUCCCCGGGAGCCCAGGAAGGCAGGGCCGAGGCCGAGGCCGAAGGCGGAGGUCGUACCCGGGCUGGGGUCGCGCCCCCGGAGCGGGGCAACCAGGCCGCCGUCUUCCCGCCCCUCAUCCGGGCAGCAAGGCCACCACCUUGUCGCCCCGGGUAGGGCAGCGAGGCCGCCUUCCAGUCCCUCGUUCUGGCAGCCAGGCCGCCGCCUUCCCGCCCCUCAUCCGGGCAGCGCCGUACCCCGUGGGGCAGCGAGGCCCGCACCUCUCCACCCUUCGGGAGGGUAGCAAGGCCUUUUUGCCCUCCCCGUCCCGCCCCUCAGCCGGGUAGCGGCGGCGCCCACCGCCUCUGGGCGCCUGGGUGGCGUCGGGUGGGCCAGGCCUUCCGCCCACCCCCCUCUCAGCUUCCGUAGGACCUGCUUGCUCUAAGAUGGCAGCCCCUCCCGGGCCGCCCAGCCCCAUGCAGUCCCUUCGGGAAGAGGCAGUGUGCGCCAUCUGCCUGGAUUACUUUAAGGACCCGGUGUCCAUCGGCUGUGGUCACAACUUCUGCCGGGGAUGUGUGACCCAGCUGUGGGGCAAGGAAGACGAACGGGACCAAGGCCAGCCCGCCCCAGAGAACCAGGUCGUCAGAGAGGUCCUGUAUCACAGGCGCGCACAGGACACGGACGGGCAGGGGGAGGGCGUGCUCCAGCCCCCAGCGCUUGCCCCACCCUGGGUCGCUCCUAGCCACCAAAGGCUUCGCCACACCGCAGGCUCCACGUGGGAUGACGAGGAAGAAGAUGUGAGCAACAACGUACAAGGACUGGUGCACGACUUGAGAAUUCGGGUGUUUCCCGAAGACAGGGACGAGCAGCAUCCCAGCGGCCACCAGUACCAUCACCGCGGCCGCUACCGCCACCGCCGCAUCUUCAGGCCAGGACCCCCGCAUCCCCCUGUGCGACGGCAGCUCUAUCCAGACGCCCGCAUACGGCGUUCUCCACAGAUCUUCAGCUGCCCACAGUGCCGAAGGACCUUUCCAAGUCGCAGCUUUCGCCCCAAUUUGCAGCUGGCCAACAUGGUCCACAUAAUUCGCCAGAUUUGCCGUAGUCCGUGAAACGAGCAAAGCGUGUGCUCCAAAUACGAGGAAGCCCUGAUGCUCUUCUGUGAAGUAGAAGCAUAGUGUAUCUAGAUUCCAGGCUGUACAAAAUCACAAUGUGGUGCCAUUGAUAAGUGCUUCAGGUAUACAAGGAGCAAAAGGAACCCCCGAGAAACCUGUAGGACCUUGUGCUGCCCCCAGUUUUGGGGGGAAAAUUAAGGAAUUUCUAGUGUCGUCCUUGGUUCAGUCUUAGAAUUAGAAUUCGGUAUGUAGCUUGGAAGAUUACUUAUUUUCCUAACAUGCACCCCUCACCCAAUUUGUUUUGAAUUAAUGACGGUCAAACUUCAGUUUUAGGAAACAUUAGUUCUUCCUUUGUUUCUGUUAGCUGAGAAUUUACUUACACACGAGAAUGAGGAAAACUGCUUCAAAAUUAGGCUUUCAAAACAGUACAUUUUCAUGAGUUUGGUAUUUUACUACUUAAAAGUAUUUUUGAGCUUGUUAGGAGUCUGUCAAUAUUACUGUAGUAAUGCCAUACUUUAGAUUUUGGGCAAAAGUUAAAUGUUGUCAAGAUACGCUGUGUUAUCAAUGUCUAUGGAUUGUCUGUUGGGAAGGUAUUCUGUCAUAAACUAAGAAAAAUACCAUUCUUUAUUCCAGUUUGCUUUUGAAGAUCUGAAGACCUCUCACUGUUUUUGUUAGAUCUAAAGUUCCUUGGUCUUUAAAGAGAACUGCAUUCAGCAUUUGGAUAACAAUCCUAACAUUCGAGUACCAAUGAAAAAUUGAAAGUGAAACUAUGAAACUUUGAAAAAUUAAAACUUUCAACACAAUUUUAACUUUGAAAAAUUAAAACUUUCAACACAAUUUUAACACUAGCGUUGACCCUGAAAUGCAAUAAGGGAAAUACUAAGAUUUUCAUUGUGAAGUAUUUAAAGCAAAACUUGCCAAGAACAGCAUAUAUAACUAUGUGAGCAAAUUCAUAUAAAAAGUGCCUAACUUUGUUGGCUUAGAACCAAAUUUAAGAGCCAGAUUCAUGAAUAUUAUCUUUAAAAAGAUUCAAGUUAAUACACAAAAUAAUAGAUUUCAUUAUGACGGUUUCAUACAUGUGUAUCUCAUACUUAAGCUGGUCCGUCCUUCUCCCCAGGCAGUCUCUAAUAUCAUCACAUGAUGUCAUUUAUAAAACGUAAAAACGUAACUAAGCUUGAAUUUAAGAUAAGAAAGAAUAUUUAUUGUUCAACACGCCCUUCCUUGCACCCCCAUCCUCCUUAUCUUUAGAGCCCCCUUUCCCGUAUAGCACCCCUUUAUUAGUGUUAUUUCAAGAAAUUCAGAAAUACAUGGUGCUGUGUUUAAGACAUAUUAAAACCUACAUAUGGUAGUUUUGAGGGGAGAAAUGGAUUUCACCUUGAUGUCCAGUUUUUACUGAAGCACUUCAAGAAGAGUUUGUGGAAUUAAAUAAGUCUGAUUGACAAGAAAUUUGUGUGUAUGUAAACUAUAUACACAGAUAUGGCUAUUUCAUUUAUUUUUCAAAGUUCUUACAUUUUUGUUUUUAUUUUUUCCAUGCUGUGUCUAACUGGGAGGAAACUGUAAAUAUCUUAAUUUUUUUUUGCAUUUUAUGCAGUACCCAGUAAAGAGAAAUUUGUUUCACAGUGACAUGCUUAUAUUAUCUAAAUAAAAUUUUCAUUUUAAAACUAAAAA